AUGCCUGAAGACUAGUUUUCAGAUUAAACAAGAAUGAAUUAAAUUCUUUAUGAGUAAGAAGAGAGAGCUGUAUAGAAGUCAAUUAAAAUUCAUGACACUCCACCUCCAUCUCCUUAUAGAACUAAAUAUGAAGAAAUUCCAGAAGAGUAAAAACCUUAAACAAAUGCAAAAUUACCAAGAAAGAAACUUUAAGAAGAACCUUUAUUUGGAGAACCAAUUUUAGAUGUAAUAUCUAUUGCUCCUAUAGCUUAAAGACAUAAAAUAGCAUUAUUGA